AUGAAGAGAGUCCAUGUCCCUACCUUUGAUGGAACUCCUGACCCGAAUUUGGCAGAAAAGUGGUUAGAUGAAAUAGAAAUUAAUUUUACACUUUUGCAAGUGCCGGAGGAGAUGAAACACCUAAUCAUCAAACCCUUUUUGGUAGGAGAAGCCAAUAAGUGGUGGACAACUCUGGAGCCUACCGUUGCUCCACCAAUAAGUUGGACAAAAUUUAAAGAGGAAUUUCUGAAAUACUUUUUCCCACCUGCCAUGAGAAUGCAGAAAAUAAACCAGUUUGAAAAUUUGAAACAAACAUCGGGGAUGUCUGUGGUGCAGUAUUCGAAUAAGUUCACGGCAUUAGGAAGGUUCGUGCCGUCAACAAUGGCGGAUGUCGAGUUGAAAAAAUAUAAGUUUCUAUGGGGGUUGUCGAGUAGAAUCCAAACUAGGGUAAACACCGCUUACACCCCUACGUUUAAUGACGUGUUGGACGCCAGCGUUAAAGUUGAGGCUGAUUGCAAAAGAUUGGAUGAAGAGGAUAAGAAUAAAAGGCCUAGACUAGGAAAUGAACUUGCAGUGUCAGGAGCGUUGAAACCCGGCGGACGGUUCCGCUUAAUUAAGAAAAAUCAUGGGCCACCACCGAAGAUAACUGGAGGAAAUACCUUCCCUCAAGGGCAUAGGGCUAUGAAUUGUCCAAAUAGGAAGGUAGAACGAGAUAAGAGUGGCAAUCUCACUGAUAAGGAGCUAAAAGUGAACGCGAGGGUGCAUGCCAUGACCGAUGAUGAGGCGGAAGUGUCAGGCGAUGUGGUCACAGAUACUCUUCUGAUUAAUUCUGUGCCUGCAUACGUGCUAUUUGAUUGUGGAGUUAGUCACUCUUUUAUUGCUAAGAAAUUUGCAAAGAAGAAGAGGGUGUUAUUCAUGAAAUCGAACGAGGAGGAUUUCUCAUACCAAGGAAAUGCUGGUAAUAGAAAAAUUCGUAAGUUACCUCUCCUAUCUGCCAUGCAAGCGUAUAGGGCCAUAAGAAAAGGAUAUGAGACAUAUUUGACUUAUGUUGCAGAUACGGAGAAAGAGAAGACGUCUUUAGAAAAGAUUCCGGAGGUGGAGGACUUUCCUGACAUGUUUCUGGAAGACCACUCUGGUCUACCUCCAGAUAGAAAAAUAGAAUUUGAAAUAAAUGUUGUACUUGAAGCGAAUCCCAUAUCUAAGUCCCCCUAUAGAAUGGCGCCUGCGGAAUUAAAGGAACUUAAGGAGCAAUUAUAG